AUGGCCGGUAACGUCGAAGCAUGGACUUUGUUGUCCUUGGCUUUGAUCAUAAUAUUAGUCCGUGUCGGGGUACGAUGGAAGCUCGUCGGACCGGCCGAUUUCCAACUUGAUGAUUAUCUCAUGCCAUUGGCGGGAAUCCUGUUCGUACUUGAAACAGUAGCAGCAUACCUCGUCGGUGCCAAAUACCAGGGCCUUACUAACAGUUACAUGACGUCUGAAGCUCGAGCAGCUCUUGACCCCAAUUCGACUGAAUGGGCUCACCGUGUUGCUGGCUCCAAGACCCAAAUUGUUGGAUGGUCAUUUUACACGGCUAUUCUCUGGCUGGUUAAAUUCAGCUUGGCAGUCUUCUACUCUCGAUUGACGACUGGUCUCCAACAUCUUCCUACCAGAGUUCGACUGGGGUAUGUCCUUCUAAUUGUGACAUACCUCGCAGCAGCGUUGUCGAUCCUACUGUCAUGUCAGCCCUUCCAUGCAUUUUGGCAGAUCUACCCCGACCCCGGCAAAUUCUGUCAGCCAGCCAACUCCCCCGUUUAUGUUUUCGUCAUCGUGAUACUCAACAUUACCACGGACAUCUACCUUCUCUCAAUCCCCCUGCCUCUUCUUUGGACUGUCAACAUCAAUCUGAAACGAAAGAUCCCUCUUAUGGCUCUCUUUUCCGGCGCUACAUUCGUCAUGAUAGCGGGAAUUAUUCGGGCGGUUACAAUUAUGAAGUCCAGCCCCGACGGCGCUGAAACCGGCUCCAAAUGGGCCUGUCGUGAAACUUUCGUCUCAAUCGUUGUCUCUAACCUGCCCAUCAUUCAACCACUUAUCCGCAAGGGCUUCAGGAAGAUUGGUCUCUCCCACGUCUUCAGUUCCUCGGGUAAAACGUCGGGACAGCCAUACCAGCUCUCCAGUCGAGGUUUAAAGAGCUUGACAACCCGCGGCGAAGGCGACACCAAAAAGAGUAAAACGAACGCUGCCGCGCCAACGCAUAUGCAGACCUCCGCGUGGGGCAGCGAUGAGCAUAUCCUCGCUCCAUCUGAGCCUUCCUCCAAGGAUAUCACAGUUGUCUCCGAGACUGUCGUGCAUAGUGAGCCCUGGGGCUUCCAGGGGCCAUCUGGGGCGGGUUGUUCGACGACGCCCCCGAAGGAGUGGAAUAGUCAGCUAUCGCAUCGAUGA